AUGGCUUCCGACGGAAUCACCGAAGUUGACUCUUCCCUCAUCGAGACUAACUACGACAAUGUUGUCUCAACCUUUGACGAGAUGAACCUCAAGCCCGAAAUUUUGAGAGGUGUCUACGGUUCUGGUUACGAGGCCCCUUCUGCCAUUCAGCAGAGAGCCAUCGUCCCUAUCACUGAGGGACGCGACGUUUUGGCCCAGGCCCAGUCUGGUACCGGUAAAACCGCUACCUUCACUAUUUCUGCAUUACAAAGAAUUGACCCUUCGCUUAAGGCCACCCAGGCGCUGAUCUUGGCCCCAACUAGAGAGUUGGCUCUCCAGAUCCAGAAGGUUGUCUUGACCAUUGGUCUCCACCUUAACGUGUCUGUCCACGCCUCCAUCGGUGGUACUUCCACCAUUGACGACAUCGAGGCUUUCAAGUCUGGUGUCCAGGUCGUUGUUGGUACCCCAGGUAGAGUGUACGACAUGAUCGAGCGUGGUGCUUUCAGCACCAAGAACCUCAAGAUGUUCAUCAUGGAUGAGGCCGAUGAGAUGCUUUCUGCCGGUUUCAAGCAACAAAUCUACAACGUUUUCCGUUACCUUCCAGAGACCACCCAGGUUGUGCUGCUUUCGGCCACCAUGCCCCAGGAUGUGCUGGAGGUUACUGCGCAAUUCAUGACCAACCCAGUCAGAAUCUUGGUCAAGAAGGAUGAGCUUACCCUUGAAGGUAUCAAGCAGUUCUUCAUCAACGUUGACGAGGAGAAGUGGAAGUUUGACUGUCUGUGUGAUCUGUACGACUCGAUCUCCGUGACCCAGGCUGUCAUCUUUUGCAACACCAGAAGAAAGGUUGAGUACCUGACCCAGAAGCUCCAGGAGAACAAGUUCACCGUUUCUGCUAUCCACUCCGACCUGACUCAACAGGAGAGAGACACCAUCAUGUCCGAGUUCAGAACCGGUUCCUCUAGAAUUCUCAUUGCCACUGACCUGUUGGCCAGAGGUAUUGAUAUCCAACAGGUUUCCCUGGUCAUCAACUACGACUUGCCCCUCAACAAGGAGAACUACAUCCACAGAAUUGGUAGAGGUGGUCGUUUCGGUAGAAAGGGUGUUUCCAUAAAUCUGGUUACUGACAAGGAUGUGGCGAUGAUGAGAGAGAUUGAGAUGUUCUACUCCACUCAGAUCACCGAGAUGCCUUCCGACCUCAACGAGCUGUUCACCUAG